CGACCCUAUUUAGAGGAGGCGGCGGUGGGUAUCGAGGUGGUCCACGCGUGGCGUGCAGGCAUGCAGCAUGGAUACCAUGGAACAUGCACAGCUUAUGAGGCAAGCUGGGAACCAGGAAUUUAAAAAUGGAAAUUACUCUAUGGCCAUCAGAAAGUAUGAUCAAGCCCUAACUAUACUCCAUUAUUUGGUGCAGUGGGUCCCGUGCUCCAGGGACAUAGCUGUGUUACACUGCAACAAAUCAACUGCCUUGUUCAGUCUUGGGAAAUGGCCAGAAGCUGUGAUUUCAGCUCAGCAGAGCUUACGCUGGGAUCCGGAAUAUGUUAAGGCUUAUUACAGAGCUGGCCACUCACUCAUCAUGUUAUCAGACACUUAUCAGGCGAUUUCAAUGUUUCAUAAAGGUUUGAUUCUCCUGAAUACAUCUGCAGAUUGGAGUCAAGUUGCUGAUUUUGUAGCAGGAAUCUUCAUAAGUGUCAAUGAUGAACUAUACUUUCCACCAAGUUUUCGCCCUGCAUAUGAUUAUAUUUUCAGCUCAAGAUUUGAUGCACAGAUUUGGCAGGUGGUGAUAGAAAGGUUGGCCCAGAAAGGGAUGUGGAGGUCUUGUCUGUUGUUGUUGUCUGAGAAGAAGGAGUUGCCUGCCAAUCUCAAAGUCAACAAGUUAUCGCUGAAGACUCUCUUUGAGACUUCUGGGUGGUAUGGGCGCAGUGAGAAGAUGCAAGAAGUAGCAGAUUUGGCCAAGUGGCUAAUUUCCAUUGGGGCAAAAGUUGAAACCAUUGGCGUGUAUCCGCUUCAUGCUGUUAUCAGACUGUGUAUCAAAGCAGGAAGGAACCAUCUUUUCGGGUGGUUGCUGACUCAGAGGCCAGACUUGAAGGAUAGGCUCAAUCAGAGAGACAGAGAUGGAUGCACCCUCUUGCAUAUUGUGGCAUCUUCCAAUGAAUACUCCCAGAAACGCAGCCAAACAGAUGACGUGAACAUGCUCCUGAAUUUUGGAGUUGACCCCACUGUUCCAGAUGCACGAUCAAGAUAUGUCAUAGAUAUCUUGAAAAGGAACAAGAACUUUGUUGCUGUAAAAGCAGUCAGCAGUCACAUUGAGAAACAGAAUUCCUCUAAGAAACAGACAGGGAGCAAUGAAACCAGAACCAAAGCUGAUACAGAUUCUUUCCUGGAUGUUCUUGAACACUUUGUCCAGUUCUACAAAUCUCAAAAUGGAGAACAUAAUAAAAACAUAUUGAAGGAAGAUGCAGUUAAGCAAUUUCUGAAAUUACUGUCUUCGGUGAAAGAAAUCCCUGAAGGAGUGGAUUGCAACAUCUCCUGUGCCUGUGCUAACAGUUUCAUAAAACUAUUGCUGGAGAAGAAAAUGUGGCAUCAAGUUUUGCUUCUGCUAAAAGGGAAAGUCAGUGGAGAAGAGCUGUCAGGUGUAGGACUCUUCAAAAACUGCAAUCUUUCAGAUGUUGACAUUGGCAACGUUAUCCAGCAGUGUGAUGGAUACGAUAAGCAAGUUCACCUCAUAAGAUGCUUGAUUGAACGAGGAGCUCUGCCAGAUGGGACUGGAACCAGCUCUGAAAUGCCACUGCAAAUAUGCCUCAAAAAGAAGUAUUUUGAACUGGUAUAUUUUCUGCUGACCAAAGGUGCAGAUCCUCGAAAUGUCUCCAUGGCACAAGGAGAUACUCCUCUGCAUGCUGCAGUUUCCAUCUGUUUAAAAAAUGGAGAUGACACUGGUUUAAACAUCCUGGACUAUCUACUUGGUCUCUUUGCUUCAAGACCUUCUGACUUUCCGUAUCUUAAUCCAAACACACAAGAUGAGGAUGGAAAUACAGUGAUGCAUGUUAUUUUUCAGAAAGGAUUAUCAAAACAGACUAAGAGAAUAAUGGAGUCAUUGGCAAAAUUUGAUAUUAACUUCAGUAUAAAAAACAAAUUAGGAAGAGAUGUGAGGCAUAGAGUUAAAAAAACCAACCCACUGCUACUUGAAUGGAAUAAUGCAUUGGGGAAAAAGAGGUCCAGGCAGGAUAUGGCAGGGCAAUCAGUUAAAACAUCUAAGCACAUUCCAGUUUCUGAGAUUUCACAGUCCAAGAGCACGGGGUGUUCUUCAUCUGGGUCCUCAUUAAAGGCACCAUCUGGCAAUCCAGUGCAUAAUGAUACAAAACCCUCGUGUUCUUUAAAGACAAAAAAAGUCAAGUUGGAGAAGCAGGAAGAAGAAGUAAAUAGGACUUUGACACUUCAGGAAAGUCUGGUGCAGGCAAUCACAGCUUUGAUUCAGCAAUUGAAAUUGGGUGACACCUUAAGAAAGGAUCAUCCUAUGGUACAAAAGCCAUCUUCUACUCAGAAUAAUUUGGAAGAGACAAGAAAUAAGUCCUCGCAACCUGGUGGAAGCAUAGCUUGUCCUAGGGGAAAAGGAAGUGAUUGGGAGAGAAAGAAGGGAGCAGAGAAAUUGAGUGUGGCCCUGCCGAAUGGAGAGAAGGAAGAACCAGAGGAAGAGAAGGGGAAGAUUCUGGAUAUUGAAGAAUAUGUGCAGGAGUUUGAUAACAUGACCUGGGAAAUAGAGUGCACUCCUGAAACACUGAAGAUGUUGAACAGCAAAGCUGUGCCACAUUAUCUGAAAACUAAAACUAUCAUGACUAUUAAGCAGCUUGGCAAUGGGGAAUGGACUAAGGGCAUUCAGAAGCCACUGAAACACUUGAAAGCUGAUAUCCAACUGUAUGAAUCCAAGUUGGACAAAGGUGCAAGAAUGCUAUGGGAACUUGCAAUCGACUUUUCUCCUCGUUGCAGUGAGAGUGCAGAAAAGAUUAUGGAGACAGAAGAGGCAAAAACUCUUACAGGAAGAUCGGGUAGAGUUUACACAGAAAUAAUCCGAAUUUGGGCCAUUGUUCUUGACCACUGCAAGCUGAACCAUGUCUUAGAUAAUAUAUGUACUUCCUAUAAUCGUGGUUUAGCCUGCAUCUUGAGGAAAAAGCUCAAGGGCAUAAAUGAAGGACAGCAGAACCAUAGCACGACAACACAGAAACGUGUCCCACGUUGUUAUGUUGAAGAUCCAGAGGCAGAAAAAUCAAAAGAACGUCCUGUACCUGAGUAUUUCCCUCCGGCCAGUCCAGCAGAAUACAAUAUAAUGAAAUUUCACAGCUUCAGUACUAACAUGGCACUUAACAUUAUAAAUGAUGUGCAUUCUGCUGUUGAAUACCCUUUCCGAGUUGGGGAGUUGGAGUAUGCAGUAAUUGAUCUCAACCCAAAGCCCAUGGAACCAAUAAUUUUAAUUGGACGAAGUGGGACAGGGAAGACGACUUGUUGCUUGUAUAGGCUUUGGAAGAAAUUCUCUUCAUACUGGGAAAAAUCCACCUUGGCAAAUAGUCCUCUGCUGGAGAGGCAAACAUGGCAGCAAAGACAGGGCAGUGAGGCUGAAAAAGAUAGGUUAGAGAAGGAAGAGAGUGAAUUAAAACAGGACAGUGAGGAUUUGAGCGAGAAGCAGGUGAGUGAUGAGCAAGACCGGGACAACGAGGAUGAAAAUGUUCCUGUGGGCCCAGCUGCUGAGGAAAUUAAUUCAUGUGAUGACCAUGAAGACGACCAGAUGCAUAGCCCGGAAGCAUCAAAUACGCUGGAGCACCUGCACCAGAUCUUUGUGACAAAAAAUCCUGUCUUGUGCCAAGAAGUUCAGAAGAAUUUCAUUGAGCUUAGCAAGUCUUCCAAGAUAACCAGUCACUUCAAGUCUCUUGAGCCAAAUGUUCACAAGCUGCAAGACGUUAAAGAUGAAAAUUUUCCACUCUUCAUCACCUCCAAGCGGUUUUUGCUGUUACUCGAUGCGUCCAUGCCUGACCCAUUUUUCCCAAGAAAUGAAGAUGGAAGCCUUAAGAGAACCAUUGUUGGUUGGAGCCCUCAGGAAGAGUUGGUGGUACCAAAUUGGCAAGAUGAGGGUGAAGAAGGUAAUAUUGAAACAGAACAUGAAGGAGCAGUAGAUGCAUACUCUAGGGAAAGUGAUCCACGGACUUUUGUGACUUACGAUGUAUUUGCAAAUGAAAUCUGGCCAAAAAUUAUCAAAGGCAAAAGCAUUUACAAUCCAGCACUGGUUUGGAAAGAAAUAAAAUCAUUUCUGAAGGGCUCCUUUGAGGCAUUCAGUUCCUUUGGGGGCAAACUUACUGAGGAGCAGUACAAAAAGCUAGGCCGAAAGAGAGCACCAAGCUUCACAGAAGACAGGAGUGAAAUCUAUCACCUCUUUUGUCUCUAUCAGCAGAUACGGUUGCAGAGAGGUUACUUUGAUGAAGAAGAUUUGCUGUAUAAUUUAUCUCAAAGACUCUCAAAGCUCAGGGAGCUGCCAUGGUCCAUCCAUGAGUUUUAUGGUGAUGAGAUCCAGGAUUUCACCCAAGCUGAGCUAGCACUAUUAAUGAAAUGCAUCAAUGACCCUAAUGCCAUGUUUCUAACUGGUGACACUGCCCAGAGCAUAAUGAAAGGAGUUGCUUUUCGUUUUAGUGAUUUGAGGUCAUUGUUUCAUUAUGCUAGCAAGAACUCUGUGAACAAAAAGCAGCGUGUUAGGAAACCAAAAAGGAUUUAUCAGCUGUACCAGAACUACAGAUCCCAUUCAGGUAUUCUCUGUUUAGCAUCUGGAGUGGUUGAUUUGCUUCAGCAUUAUUUCCCAGAAUCUUUUGAUCGUCUUCCUAAGGACCGUGGUCUCUUUGAUGGACCAAAACCUACAGUCCUGGAGUCCUGCAGUGUUAGUGACCUUGCAAUUCUGCUCAGGGGCAACAGAAGGAAAACACAACCAAUUGAAUUUGGAGCACAUCAGGUGGUAUUAGUGGCAAAUGAAACUGCAAAGGAGAAGAUACCCGAGGAACUCAGUUUAGCACUUGUGCUGACAAUUUAUGAAGCAAAAGGCUUGGAAUUUGAUGAUGUACUCCUUUACAACUUUUUUACAGAUUCAGAGGCUGGCAAAGAAUGGAAGAUCAUUUCUUCUUACACCCCUGAUUCAGAUGUGCAAGUAGAAAACAAAUUGCUAAUUGAAAUGCCUUUAGAGGACGCUACUGGUACACAGGAAAGAACUCCUUUGAAUGUAGAAAUGUACAAGAUGCUGAAUGGAGAACUAAAGCAAUUGUAUACUGCCAUUACAAGAGCCAGAGUCAAUCUUUGGAUCUUCGAUGAAGACAGUGAGAAACGGGCUCCAGCUUUUACAUAUUUCGUCAAAAGAGGAUUUGUUCAAGUUGUCAAAGCAGAUGACAAGAAAGACUUAGAUGACAGCAUGUUUGCUAAAACUUCAACUCCAGAAGAAUGGAUUGCACAGGGAGACUACUAUGCUAAACAUCAAUUCUGGGAGGUGGCAGCCAAAUGUUACCAAAAGGGAGGAGCAGCUGAGAAGUCAAAACUGGCCCUGGCACAUGAUGCUGUUGUCAAAGUUCACUCAAAGAAAAGCAGCCCCAGGGAAAAACAGAUGGAAUAUAUGACAUUGGCUAAAAUUUACUUGGAAUGUGGAGAACCACAACUAUCACUGAAGUGUCUGUUUCAAUCAAAGGAAUUCCGGCUUUGUGCAGAACUGUGUAAAAAGUUAGGAAAGAUGAAAGAUGCUGCUGUUUACUACCAGAAAAGCCAGUGCUACAAAGAAGCAUGUGAAUGUUACGAACAGAUUGAGAAGUUUGAUUUGGCAAUUAAAAUGUAUUGUCAGGAAGAACUCUAUGAAGAAGCAGCAAAGGCAGUUGAAAGAUAUGAAGAGAUGUUAAAUGCAAGAGGACAAACGGUUUCUAAACUCUCAUGUACAUCAAAUCAGUUGUAUUUGGAAGCAGCUGCGAAGUACCUGAGAAUGAACAGAACUGAGGAAAUGAUAGGAGUCCUCUCAAAACUUGACAUAGAGGAUCAGCUGGAGUUUCUGAAGUCUCGUGGAUGCUUGCGCCAAGCAGCAGACUUACUAAAAAGGGAAGGUCGAGAGGAAGAAGCUGCAAAGUUAAUGAAACAACAUGGUUUUGCUCUGGAAGCAGCCAACCUCACAGCUAUAAAAGAGUUUCGUGCAUCGUGUUUGCUCGCUGCAGCACGAGCUGGUGUGAAUCGCUGUUCACAGUCAAACCUGGCAGACCUGGAAGUCAUCCUAAGAGAAGCUCUUGAACUUUGUGAACAAACCAAGCAAAAGUCUGGCAUUGCUGAGGCUGUGUUUUUGCAAGGAGCUCUGAAGGCAGACUUCAAGAAGUUGAGCAGAUCAUGCAAUCAGUUCCUAUCUCUGAAUCAUUCUGCUGGGGCAGUUGAAGCUCUCUUUGAAUUAUCUCGCUGCAGUGCUCCCAGCCAGGAUGUCCUUUCUCUGGCAACUCAUGGCUUAAGGGCCCUUCUCAGCCUGGUCAGGGCUUUGAAGAAAGCAGCCACCAAUGCAGAGAAGGAUAUGGUGAAGUUAUGCUUUGCCUAUUUUGGGAUUGUCCCAACAGGUGACAGUUGCCAGGUGUCUCAAAGUGAAGCUGAACCCAUUCUUGAGUUUUUGCCAAGUCUAAAAGAGAAGAAGGCAAAAGGUGAUUUCUCAGUAAACACAGAAGAGGUAAAAUCAGCUUUGACACAGCACUUGUUUGGCAGGUUUUGCUCUAUCACCCAUGAGUUACUGAACAAGCGUUACCCUGAUAUCUGUAUGAAGUUCAUUGUUGGCUUGACCUGUGAAGAUAACUCCUGCGAGGGUUAUCAUAGGCCUUUGUUUCGCCAUGAAGCAAAGACAAUACUACAGUGUAAAAUGCACCUGGUGGCAGUACAUGGACUGCUAUUGGAAGCCAUGCGCACUUUCCCCAAAGAGCUACUGAAUCAGUGCAAAAACUCUUACAUCUGGACUGCUGACAAAGACAUACCAUGUACAGCCCUCCUAGAAAUGUUUUUUCCUAAUCAUUUUCAUUUGAGAGUACUGUCUGAGAACCCAGUGGCAUGCAAAGAAAUACUGAAAUUCAGUAACAUUAUUUCCAAACCCUGUAGAUCAGUGUUGAAUGAGUACAUCACAUUGAACUUUAAAAAUGAAGACACUGCAGCCAGAAGAGAAUCAACUGACUUGUGGCUAAGGGUCAUGCAAGUUUUCAUCUUAUCUUCAGGAUAUCCUCAAGAGUUUGAAAAACUUCUUUUUAAGGAAGAGGACGAUUAUAACAAAGAGCUAAACUUCAUUUUGUCAAAAGCAAAAAACUCUGCAACGAGUUAUGGCCAAGGAGGAAAGGUCCAAAGAAUAGAAGGCAGACACGGUAUGUUGCUACCUGACAAAAAUGUCGAAAAUGCAGGGAGAACGCAUUUGUGCUUCAUUCGACUUCUUGAAAAUUCCUUUGAGCAAUUCUAUGUUCAUAAGAACCCAGAAAACUGUAAAUGGUUUUUUUUCCGUUUUAUGAAUGUUAUCAUCAAGAAACACGCAAAAUUCCUGAUUCCAAGCAUAGGAAAUACUGUGAUGUUGUUGGAAUUCCAGUAUAUUAUCUGUUGUGCUGUCCUGAUGCGCCUCUGCAAGAACAUUACUCUCUGCUUUCCCAAGAGUUACAUUGCUCUCAUUCAUUAUUGGGAGUUUUUGUUGAGAAGCGAGGACAGUAACAAAGACACGUUUUCAAUUAUACAGGAGUAUAGGCCAAAGGAUGCAUAUACAUCUAUACAGAAUUUCAGACAUCAUCUCUGUUAUCUAGCAGAAGUUCUGUGUGGAGUUCAUGGAAAUUUCAAUGUCCUUCUGGAUGCUUUCAUGAAUCUUGAUUGCAUAACUUCAGGGGAGGCUGAGAGAACUGUAGUGCUGUGCUUAGUGAUGUUACUGAAUGCUGACCAGGUGCAGAGUUCUAAUCAUAGAUCCCUCUUAGGCCACCAAUUCCCUGAAAUCAAAGAAGUGCUGAAAUUGAUAAGAAAAGACUAUCCCUCUAAAAUGCCUAGAAGAUUGCUAAGGGUCGUGGAGAAAGUGAGUGAUGCUACGCAUGUAAGAGAAAUUGCUACAGGCCUGCAAGAGCUCCUGACAGAGCGAGAUGACGAACAGCUGGUUGACUGCCGAUGGCGAUGGGACUCUGCCUACACUCAGGGGCAUCCACCCAUACGGGGCAUCCUGUAUGAAAAAAUAAACCUUGACAGAUUCAUGGCCUCUUUGGAGAAGACAGAAUAUGUUAAUGAGCUAGAAAAUGAACUUGGAAGGGUUCAUUGCUUAGAGGACCAGAAAGAUCCCCUGGAAGUCAUUGCACUCAGUAAGCAGCAGAAGCAAGAGCAGAAAGCAUCUGCUCAACGCCAGCUGCGUCGUGUCUUCCAUUUUGUUUCUCUGUGUAUGAAGUGGAAAAGGAAGGCUUGCUCCAAAGCUGAGCCUGUUGCAAUGGAAGGAGAGGAAUUCUUAUCAGAGAUCUUCAAAAAGGCAGAUAUUGACCAAACCCAGUGUGACCUCUGUGGAGUCAAAUUUAUUCAGAACUCUGAGAACUAUUUCAGCCAGACAGAGGAGGCCGACACUUCUGAAGCUGUGACACCAACAGAGGCUGGUGGGGAAGAAAAGUUUCACGCAGAAGGAAAUGAAAUUUCUGUAGGCUGCGAGGCUUACAUAGAGCACAGAAACACAGAUGAACACAGGAAUAAUAAUGAUGCCUACAAAUAUUAUGCCAAUUUUUUCAGAAGACAGAUUGAUCCAAUUAUACUUGAUGGUCUGAAAGUGGUGGAUGCAAUUAAGGAAAAGACUUACACCCAAGACUAUUUAGCAUAUAAAGAAGGCUCCAACUUACACCAGAUUAAAAUCAGAGAGAGUAUUAAGAAGAUUUCAGAUUCAGUAGAGGAAAUCUAUGAGAAAAAAGCCUGGGUUAAAGCUGAAGAAAUAAUAACCAAACAUGCCGACAAAUUGUUUGCCACCAUUGACGAGGCUUCUAAGUGGCUGAAGAAAAUGGACUCCCAUAUGAUAAAAGAAGAAGGCUUUGCGCAUGAUGGAGACUUGGAAAAUGAAGAGGAAGAUGAAAGCAAAGCUUUUGAAGAACUUGUCUGUAAAAAACGUGCAAGAAAAAAAGGAAAACGUGGGAGAAUAUAAUUAUAAAAAUAUGCAGAUUGCUGCCCUAUCUUGUUAACAAUCUAAUUUUAGAAUUUAAGAAUAGUUGAAAAAUAGCGGGAUGGGACCAGAAAUGGGAAGAGUCUGAGGAAAAAACAACAUGCUAUAAUUUUUUAAUCACUUGUAUUGUGUCAGAAUAAUGAACUAUAAUGUGAUGAUAAAAUUUUUAAGAACUGGGACAGGACAAAUUUCUUUCAAACUUCUGUGCUAUCUUCAAAGUUAACAAAAAAACCAAAGAAACAAACAAGUAGGAAAAAAAAAUGUUUCUGCCUUAUCUCAGGGGUAUGUUUCUAGUCAGUCUUUUUUUUUUUCCCCUAUUAUUUACAUCAUCACUCUUCUGAGCUGGAAUAUUCUGAAAAAUAGAAGGGUAAUUUCUCUGAUUUUUAAGAGGUUUUAAUCAGUGUUUGUAAGCCUGCUGUGUUAUGAGUCUUUGUCUAGAAAUUUUUGGUCUUCAGGUGAGGUACUUACAAUAUCUGUUUUCUAUUUUUAUAGGCAAAACCAGCAAUUUCUAAAGACAUUCAUGUUUUUUACAGUGUACAUACUUUUAAUUAGAUAUAAAAGUUUUGAAUUGUCUGUUUGAUCAAGUUUUGAUACAAACUUUUCUGUAAAUAUUGAAAUAUGUAAUCUUGCUUUAAAAGAGUGCUACACAUUUUAAGUGUUUUGUAAGCUUUAAUUGGUAGAAGGCUUUUUGUGAUGUAUAAUAAUGUUUUUAUAAAACCUGUAAGAUUUUAAAAAUCA